CGCUCACCGAAAAAGUCUACCACUACAACAGCCACCAUCCACAACACUGUGUUAAACACGCCUAAGAUCAGGAUGAUACCAGAGAACAACGCCACCAAUGUCUUACAUCGGGCCAGUUUUUCAAUGUCUCCGGUGGAGCAGAAGAAGCUCAAACCAGCAAUCCCUCCUGAACUCUUGGCAAUGAGGGCACAAGGUGACAGAAAAUGCGAAAGUUGGAUUACGGGAUACAAUCGCCGAAAAUGAAUCAAAAACUUUCAAGAUCCUUGCUCACUGCACAUGGACAGCUAUCUCCUUCACCACCACUCACACCAGAAGUCGCGAUUAUCGGAUAUUCUCCAUCGAGACCCCCAGUUGUCCGCCAACUGCGGAGGCAGAAUGCAGUCAUAGAAGGAGUGACUACCCCAAGGGGAACAAGCAGACCUCCAUCUCCAUCAUCCUCCUCGGGUCAGAUGGAAGUAGACGUACCUGAAAAGGUCCUAGAAGUCUCCAGAAACUUAGCAGAAAGCGAGGAGAUGGAGGUGGCUGCGGAGGAAGAGGAGGAGGAAGAGAAAGACGACAGACUAGACACAGAUGUCAGAUUGCAGGAGACGGUGACGAUGGAGGCGAAAGACGGCAUACAUUUUCCUGUAGCACCUGUGCUACACUGUAAUAGCCGUCAAGGCAGUUUCGGGUCUUAUAAACGAGGCGGUGCAUCAGUCGUGCACAGGAUGCAGACUCAACUAUCCUAGCCAGAAAGACCAUGAGGACUGUAUGUGGUUAGAGUGGCCAGACAAGACAGACAAGUAUUUCGAUGAGGCCAUCACUAAGCUCACCGAGGAACGAUACUUUUGCAUCGUUAAAUUGCUUUACUUCGUGAUCGU